UGGGGCUCAGACUCAGAGAAGGGCCGAGGCGCAGGGACCCUGGACGGUCUCUCGCCUUUUCUUUUGUAAUAUUUCCCCGACAAGUUUUAUAACUACUUUUCUCAACAGUGUCGAGUAAAAGUCAGGUUGUGGGUUUCAUAGUGAUUUCGGAUAAUUUUCUGUUUUUUGAGUUUUGACAGAGGUCGUCCACUGAGCGCUCCGGGGGGACUGUUUGGAUUACAGACAUUUCAGUAAACGUGUGUUGUUCAAGGCAGUUUUACUGUGUUUAAAAGAGAGUUCAUCCAAAAGUUUGGACUGGUGUCAAAGCGCACUUCUUCGUGUCUUUUAGGUAUGCCUGUGGUCGUCAGUGUGUCUCCGGACAGGUAACCAGGUGUGUUGCUGCUGUCAUGGCCCUGCCAACUCUGCAGCUGUUGCCUAUCACUGUGGUCACAGUCCUGGUGGCGCUGGUGUCGUCUUCAGAGGACCAUGAGUGGCACUUUAAUCCAGCUCAGUGUCGUUAUGCCCUGGGGAUGGAGGAUGGCACCAUCCCAGACUCUGACAUCACUGCCUCCAGCGCCUGGUCAGACUCCACUGAAGCCAAACACGGAAGGUUGAGUACUGGAGAGGGGGAUGGAGCGUGGUGUCCUGCAGGAGCUGUCUUCCCCAGUGGAUCAGAAUACCUUCAGGUGGACCUGCACAAACUCCACUUCCUGGCUCUGGUUGGUACCCAGGGUCGUCAUGCCGAUGGGCACGGCCAGGAGUUUGCCCGCAGUUACCGGUUACGCUACUCCCGAGAUGGAGUGAAAUGGAUCACCUGGAAGGAUCGCUGGAGCCAGGAGGUGGUGUCAGGGAAUGAAAACACCUAUGAUGUUGUACUGAAGGACCUGGGCCCUCCCAUUGUGGCCCGCAUGGUGCGAUUCUACCCCCUGGCUGACAGGGUUAUGAGUGUUUGCCUUCGGGUUGAACUCUACGGUUGUUUGUGGAACGAUGGGCUGAAGGCUUACACAGCUCCAGUGGGUCACGUCAUGCACCUGUCUGGCAUGCCUAUCUACCUAAACGACUCCACCUAUGAUGGGAGCACAGAACAAGGGGUGCAGUUUGGAGGCCUGGGUCAGCUGUGUGAUGGCGUCCUGGGGGGAGACGACUUCAUAGAAACAAAGGAGCUGAGGGUGUGGCCAGGGUACGACUACCUGGGCUGGAGCCGAGAAGCUCUUGGGCAAAGCGGCGUGGACAUCGAGUUCCACUUUGAGAAACCACGUCGCUUCCACAACAUGCAGGUGCACAGUAACAACCGUCACACCCAAGGUGUCCGGGUUUUCAACAAGGUAGAGUGUGUUUUUAAGCCUGGCAUCCUCCAGCCCUGGUCCUCUCCUCCCCUCAGCCUACCUGUACCCCUGGAGGAUCUAAAGGACCCUUCCUCUCGAACCAUCUCCCUCCCACUGGGCGGCCGGCCGGCUCAGAUCCUCCGCUGCAAAUUCUUCUUCACUGACCGCUGGCUGCUCAUCAGCGAAAUAUCAUUCCUCUCUGAGCCUUUUGAGGAGGACAUUACAGAAACACAGUCAUUUCCUCCUAAUCUUCCCAAGAUUCCCAAAACCAGUUCCUCUCCUCCUCCUGUUGACCACACUUCCUCCUCUCCCACAUCGAGCCACAGUAUCUCCAACACCACCGCCGGCCCUUCUGAACCCCCCACCAACACCACCUUCAUGACGGACACCACUGGUAACUGGACGCUGUCAGGAUCAGAUGGUACUGCUUUGACUCCAAGGGCAGGACUUCCUGUAGCCAAAGAUGACAGCAGCAAUACUGCUAUUCUGAUUGGCUGCCUGGUGGGCAUCAUCCUACUGCUGCUGGCUGUCAUAGCUGUAAUUCUGUGGAGGCAGUACUGGAAAAAGAUACUGGGGAAGGCUCAGGGAAGCCUUUCCAGUGAUGAGCUACGGGUCCACCUGUCAGUCCCCUCAGACAACGUGGUCAUCAACAACACACACAGCUACUCGAGCCGCUACCAGCGCAUCCAUACUUUCCCAGAUGACCGCGACCAUGACAGGGAGGGAGAAGGAGAGUACCAGGAGCCCAGCGCUCUGCUCCGGCCAAGGGAUCAGCGAGACAGCACAGCCUUGCUGUUAAACAACCCAGCCUAUCACGUGCUCCUGUCAGAUCACAGAAAAGACUCCAGACCCCUAGUCGUCCCCAGCACCACUCAGGCUCAGGAAAAGAGCCUCAAUGUGCCCAAGGCCUGUGGCUUGGACAUGGACAUGGAGAAGGGUUUCCCUCCAACUCAAGACGAGCCUCCCCCCUAUCCUGGCUCCCCUCCUUACCCCUCCCUGUCUCCCCCCGUGUCUCCCCCACUGCCUCCCAGCGUCCCCCACUAUGCUGAGGCAGACAUUGUAAGCCUGCAGGGUGUCAGCGGUAACAACACCUACGCUGUGCCCGCCUUGGCCUCUUCCAGCCCUGGAGCUGAUGCCUCCCCGCUGCCAGAGCUGCCGCGACACUUUCUCAUCUUCAAAGAGAAACUGGGAGAGGGACAGUUUGGUGAGGUGCACCUGUGUGAAAUUGAGAACCCUCAGGACCUUCCCAACCUGGAGUUCCCCUUCAAUGUGAGAAAAGGUCGCCCUCUCCUGGUAGCAGUGAAGAUAUUGCGUCCAGACGCCUCCAAGAAUGCCAGGAAUGACUUCCUGAAAGAGGUUAAGAUCCUGUCUCGCCUGAAAGACCCGAACAUCAUCCGACUUCUGGGAGUGUGUGUGAGUAGUGACCCCCUCUGCAUGGUCACAGAGUACAUGGAAUGUGGAGACUUGAACCAGUACUUGUCCCACCGAGUGCUUCUGGACAAAUCUGGACCUUCACACAACACCCCGACCAUCAGCUACCCGGCUCUCAUUUCCAUGGCCAGCCAGAUUGCGUCAGGAAUGAAGUUCCUCUCCUCCCUCAACUUUGUGCACCGGGAUCUGGCCACACGCAACUGCCUGGUUGGGGGUGAGAGGGGUGAGAGCGGAGGGGAUCCGAGCGGCGAGCGUCAUAUCAAGAUAGCUGACUUUGGCAUGAGCAGGAAUCUGUACGCUGGAGACUACUACAGGAUCCAAGGCAGAGCUGUGCUGCCAAUACGCUGGAUGGCCUGGGAGUGCAUACUCAUGGGUAAGUUCACCACAGCCAGCGAUGUGUGGGCGUUCGGGGUCACUCUGUGGGAGAUGCUGAGCGUUUGUCAGGAGCAGCCGUACUCAAACCUGACAGAUGAACAAGUGAUUGACAACGCUGGGGAGUUCUUCAGAGACCAGGGCAGACAGGUGUAUCUGAGCAAGCCGGCUGUGUGUCCUCAGGGUCUCUACGAGCUCAUGUUGAGCUGCUGGAACAGAGACUGCAAGCUCCGCCCGUCCUUUGGCUACAUCCACUCCUUUCUCACCGAGGACGCCAUGAACAUGGUGUAAUGAUGCAAAGACAGAAUAUAAGAAACACAAGAAGAAAGGCGACGUUAAGAGCGGAAACGUCUUGCACGUUCAUGCAUCCUCGCUACAAGCGAGGGAGGAGUCUGAAUCGGUUUGGUGGAGGUGCUGCACAGCAGGAGCAGAUGAGGAGGGAGAGUGGGUUGCUCGCUUUCAUAUUUUGUACUUCUUGGGUGGAUGGGGCUGAGAUGCCGCUGGUUCGGUUUUUUUUCCAAGUCAGACCCCAAAACCAAACUAACCCCCAGCUUUAGAUAGGUAACAGAUCGAGCUACAUUUCACAGUGGUUGGUGGUGGGUGCAGUCUGCAUAGGAACUUUCUCUCUUCUCAGAUACUUAACAUACAGGGAGAGUUUGUGUGACAAGUGGUAAGUGCAGUAGAGUUAAGGUAACAGGACGUUGCGGAAGCUAAACAACUUUGACCAUAGAGAACUAGAAAAUGUACAAUUUUGAAGUGACAUGACUUUGUCAACUCAACAUCUCAAAUACAUGCUGGGUAACAGCUGAAGGUGCUUAUGCGGUGUUGUGGCUGAGCAGUGCACCUACAGUACAGAGACAAACUGCACACAAGGAUUGUUGUCUUAGUAUUUAUGGUAUGUACAGCCUACUGUGCACAUUUAAAGCCAUGUGUUUCAGUAAAAUUACUCCCAGCUUCAGCCCCAGUGGCCCAUCUCAGAAACAAAAAAUGUUAAUUCACUCAAAGUCUACAAAAAGAUCUUAACGAUGGCUUACUCAGCUAACUAGAACCUGAGUGACAGCAGAUCUUGCUGUUUUUUGACCCUUUAUUGAUCCUCUUUUUGAGCCCCACAGCCUUACACAGUGACCCACAUCCACAAUUGUAACUUUUAAGUGGACUAAUGUGAAAUGGUGCGGACCAGACAACAGCAGCCCCCUUUCUGCCCUCAACCACCGACCCCCAUCAAAAAAGUUCAAGAAGAUUUUGAGCCACAGAGAAAAAGAACUGUAUCCCUUGUGCCUAAUGGACUUCUCUGAGGAAACAGGCACAGAAGAGGAGAUUCUGCUGCUGCCGAUGAGAUUUGACCCACAAACUGGAACGGCUUUUCCAGGCAGAGACAUUGCUGCCAGUGAGGGCAGUGGACGGGACAUCUUCAGAUGUGCCUGCUCAGGUGUUUUGGCAAUUUUUUUGUAUCUGGCUGUGACCCAGAUGCAAAGUAUAGAUGAAAAAUUCCACAACCAGCUGCACUUUAAAUCCUACAUGCGUAUCCCCGGCCAUGAUGAAAUCCUUCUCUGUGAGGGGCCUGAUAUGAUUCCUGUCAAGGUGGAUUUUAAUGCAUUUCACUCGCAGUGAUUUCAGAUAUUUGACAAGGGAGAUCAACAUGCAUCACAGAUGUAUUUAAGACACAGUCUGUCUGCCUUUUCAAAAUCCUCUCCUACAAGGCAUCGCCAAACCAUUGGAUGUAAAAUAUUAUUUAAAAAAAAAAUGGAAUGGCACCAUUUCAUCUCAUUUUAAACGUAUGACAAACUUUGUUCUGAAACUUUCAGUGUGCUCAGACACGUUUACUCAUCGAAUAAUCUGUUUCUGCUUAUCCAAAUGCAUUGCUGUAUUUUAAAAACACAGUCAUGGCAUUGCUCAAACAGGGAAUGCUGGGAGUCCUGAUUUUUGUGUGAAUGUCAGCAUCAAUCUCUGCAUUAUCCCACAUUAGUACCUUAAGCUGACUGCGGUAGUAUCAGUGGAUCUACCUUACUGAUUGUAUAGCACUGUAAAUCAGUCCUGACAUGAUCAAGAUUAUCAAGUAAUACAUGUUUACUGAUUGCAAAUGGUUGUGCCAUUUGAGUCAUUUUUGAUACACUGUAGUUCAACUAAACCCAUAUUUUUCUAUAUACUGUAUGUACUUAGACACUCCUUGAUGUCUGAUUUCGUCCUUUUGUCUUUGAAGCUGAACGUAAUAGUAUGUACAUAUUUUAAGGACAGAAUUGUAAUAUCCUUUACUAAUAUAUGGAAAGCUCUUUGUUACAUUUGGGGUCUUCUGUAUCUCUGUAGAAUGCUUGCUACCUUGAUGCUAUUGUAAUUCAUUGUGUUGUCUAUUUUUGUAGAUGUUUUAAUAAAGUUAACCUUUUCAG